UAUCACUAUUAUUAUUACUACUAUUCUUUUUUGCUUUCACAUCCAAUGUUUUCGGCUGUGCGCACAGCUGCGGCGCGGUCGACUGUGGUUGUAACAUUGCCUCGUUCUUGUUCGUCUUUGUCUUUGUCUUCGUCUUCCAUUGCCGCCGCUGCUGCCGCGUCGAUUGCCCUGCCUCGGUCACCCCUUGUCGUCGAUGCAGCGUCGACUCCCGCACGCCGCGCCGUCUCAUCGCUUGCUGCCUCGGCUCCAUCCACAGCAGCAUCAGCAGCAGCAUCAGCACGCGGCAGGACGGCGAUGACGGGCGCUACCUCCACCACUGCGACUGCUCUGCCGACUGCCAGUCCACCUGUGCUUGUGCAUGGCCAUCUAGUGUUUGUUCCGCUUGGCCGUGCAGCAACGGCGUCCCUACAGCAGCAGCAGCAGCAGCAGCCGCGGAGGGGCUUCUCGUCGCUCGCCUCGCGCUUCAUGGCGCCGCGCAAGCCGCCGCCACCGCCCGGCUCUGGCAAGGGCUCCAAGACGGAUCUUCCUGGAUUCCUCGUGCUAGGGCCCACACCGGAUCCCAAGAAACACAAACUACCCACGCCAAUGAGCACCUCGGAAGCUCGAGACCUAGUCGCAGCCAGUCCAAAAGUACUCCUGAUGGCGCGUCGGGCGCCGUUCUGCGGGCUUGGCGUGCGAUGGCAUCUUCCAUCAUCCCAUGCGUUCGUGGCUGCAGUGCGCAAAAACGCCGUGAACGGUGUUGCCCUCAUGGGUGUGUUUGCGCUCAAGGACUCUGACGCCGUGCCUUUUGUCGCCGACGAAACCGAGUGGCUCUAUCAAGUCAAAGACGCCGACAAGAUUCACAAAGUUGGCGCGCUGUUGCGUGUCGCGAUCGUCCACGAUGAAUCCGACGAUUCUCCUGUCAUUCUGCAUGCCAAUUUUACCUGGUCUCGCGUGUCGCUCCAAAAUGUCGUCAGCGUCAGGCCUUGGCAGGGCACCGUGUCGCUUCAUCCCGACUUUCCCGUGGAUGCCCAAGACCCAUCCAUCCAAGCAAAUACUACGAUGCUGUUCGAGUAUUUCCAACGUUAUUUGGAAUCUGGACAAUCUAUUCUCCGCGAAUUGCUGAUGGGCGAACACUCUCGCAUGCCUAGCAACACGGCACCAAGCAUUAUCGGCUAUAUGGCGCUCUCUGUCAUCAAUCCCCCUCUGAAGGUGUUCCAAACGGUCUUCCAAGAGCCUGAUUUUGCCUUCCGAACCGUUUCGAUUGCGUACCUCGUGCGUGAUGCCAUUGCUCAGAUGGAGACGGCGCGCAAUCUCCAACAAAAAAUGCAGGAAAAGCAAUCGACCAUGAUGCGGCGCCAGGCCAUGCUCGAGAGCAUGCGCAUGCUCAAGCAAGAACUUGGUGAAAAUAAAGACGCCGGACUUGUCGAAAAGUAUCGAAAACGCCUGGCUGGCAAGCGAGUGCCCGUGGAGGCGUUGACGAUCAUUCACGAGCAAAUCAGCAAGCUACUGAGCGAGGACGAUCACCCCUCGGAAUUGAGCACUGCUCGUGCUUACCUCGAUUGGCUGACCUGCCUUCCUUGGGGAAUCGCCACACCCGAACGAAUCGAUAUUGCGGAAGCCGCGCGCAUCCUCGAUGCGGAACACUAUGGCAUGAAGGAAGUCAAGGACAGGAUUCUCGAGUUUGUCUCGGUGAGCUCUUUGCGCGAUCGCAACGUGUCCGGCAAGAUUUUGUGCCUUGUCGGCCCGCCUGGUGUUGGCAAAACAAGCAUUGCCAAGUCCAUUGCGAACGCCCUCAACCGCAAAUACCACCGCAUCUCUUUGGGUGGUGUGCACGAUGUCAGCGAGAUCAAGGGUCACCGAAGAACCUACGUGGCGGCGCUCCCCGGUCGUAUUGUUGCUGCUCUGAAGGCUGUUCAAGUGGAGAAUCCGUUGAUUGUUCUGGACGAAAUCGACAAGCUCGGCCAACGUGGCAUGCACGGCGAUCCAGGCUCCGCCCUGCUUGAGCUGCUCGACCCCGAACAAAACCGCAACUUCCUCGAUCACUACCUCGAUGUGCCGCUGGACAUGUCAAAGACCAUGUUUGUCUGCACGGCCAACUCGCUCAGCACCAUCAGCGCUCCCCUGCUCAACCGCAUGGAGGUUGUCGAGCUGAGCGGCUAUGUCUUUGAAGAGAAGCUGGCAAUCGCCAAGCAGUACAUUCUACCCAAAGCACGCCGUGAAGCCGGUCUGCUCGACGCUGGCGUCACCAUCACCGACGAAGCACUCGCGGAGCUCGUCAACUGCUACUCGCGCGAAAAUGGUGUGCGUGAGCUCCAGCGCAACAUUGAAAAGGUCUACAACAAGGCCGCUUUCAACAUCAAGUCACUUUUGGAUGCCGGUGGCGCAUCGGGCAGCCAAUCGAGCACGUCUGCGACCAGCGUCGGCGGCUCGGCAUCAGCGUUGUCCGCAGCUGCUGGUGAAUCGUACCCACCGCCGCGUCGUUCGGUUGCUGCGGUAGCUUCCACUUCCUGGAUGGCCCAAUCGGCUGCACUCGACUCUGUGUCUCGCUCUGAUCUACCCUCAGAAGGCACUGCCAUGCUCUCCCGGCGAGGUGGUGCAGGCAAAACCCCGACUGUCGACAUUAGCGAAAUUCCCGAGUUCAGCCCCGAGGAAAGCGUGAAACGUCAACAACAGUACGAAGUCGAACAGCAGCUUCGCGCAAAGGACCACGCCGAGUUCCUGCGCCAACGCAUGUCCAAGCUUCCUGCCAUUGUCAUCACACCUGAGAACCUAGCAGACUUUAUUGGCCCUGCUCGUUUCGACCGCCUCGAGACGUUGUUCGAGGUCAACCCUGUUGGUGUUGUGACUGGUCUUGCUUAUACUGAGAUGGGCGGCGCGGCGUUGCCCAUGGAAGCAGUCGUCACUCGGAUUCACGAAGAAUCCGGCAAGAGCUCGCUCGUGGUGACGGGUCAACUUGGCGACGUCAUGUCUGAAAGCACAAAGGUUGCGCACUCGUUCGCCAAAUCGUUCAUGGUUCGCCACUUCCCCUCGAACACGGCUUUGCAACGAUCAGACAUUCACCUGCACGCGCCUUCUGGCGCCAUCAAGAAGGACGGCCCCUCGGCCGGCAUUGUGCUUGCCUCCAUGCUCCUGUCCAUUGCCCUCGACACUCCAGUACCGAGCAAGUUUGCCCUUUCGGGAGAGUUGAUUGUAACGGGCAAGGUUAUGGCCGUUGGCGGACUCAAAGAAAAGCUCGUCGGCGCUUCACGCACGCAGGCCACGCAUAUCGUCUUCCCUCACGCUUGCUACGCGCAGUUCAUGAUGGUGCCCGAGUUUUUGCGCAACCGAUUCACUGUUUCCUUUGUCAAGUCGUACGAUGACGUGUUUUUGUUGCUCUUCCCCGAGCACGCGUCCAAGGUCUUCCCCGACCGCGAUGCGAGCACUAUUCUGACCAUCCCCGCCAAGCCUGUCGCGGUUGCUUCAGCUGCACCCGCACAUACCGUCCCAGAGGCAGCGGCACCGUCCGUGGUGUAAACCGAUUGUGCUUUCAUUCAACGCUUCUGUAUUGCUUCAACAAUGAAAUGUAUUUUGCCA